GUGGAGGACGAGAGCAGGCAGCAGGAUAAGAAGCACGACUACAACGGCAUCCCGGAGCAUCAGCAGCAGCUACAACAGCAGGGCCGGCAGUCGAGCGAGCUGAGGCUUCACUUGCAGCCGUUCCACUAUAUUAACGGCCAGCUGAACCUGCGCUGCACCGCCAAAAUCGAUGGCAUCUACGAGCAGACGAGCGAGCUCAGGCUCGGCACGAGCUUGCGCGAGCCACGGCCCGAGAGAGAGUACAAAGUGUUGGACAAGAUCGGCGAGGGCUCGUUCUCCGAGGUGUUGAGAUGCGAGGAACGGCAGAGCGGCGCGCUGUACGCCGCGAAACGCCUGAAGAAGAUCUACACGAGCGUGGGCGAGAUUCUGGAGUCGGCCGAGGUGACGGCCAUGCGGAAGAUCGCACGACACCCGAACGUUCUGUGCAUGCUCGAGACGUACCAUGAGAUGCUGCCUGGACGAGUGACCCUCGUGUUCGAGCUGAUGGACAUGAGCCUCUACGACCUGAUGCGCGAUCGGAAGGGGCGUCCGAUAGUGGAGGCCCGCGUGAAGAACUACGUGUACCAACUGCUCAGAGGCAUCGCGCAUCUGCACAAGCACGGCCUUUUCCAUCGGGACAUCAAGCCCGAGAACAUCCUGCUGAAGGGCACCACCCUCAAGAUCGGCGACCUCGGCUCGGUACGCAGCCCCAACGGCCGGCCGCCCUACACCGAGUACAUAUCGACGCGCUGGUACCGCUCGCCCGAGUGCCUCCUCACGGGCGGCUUCUACGGGCCGAAGAUGGACGUCUGGGCUGCCGGCUGCGUCUUUUACGAGCUGCUAACCUUGGAGCCGCUGUUUCCCGGCGAGAACGAAAUCGAUCAGAUCUCCAAGAUCCACUGUGUCCUCGGCACUCCGCACCCGCGGCUCAUCGCCAAGUUUCGACGAAUCACGAGGAGGCGCAACGGCGAGUUGUACUUUCCGAUGCGCGAGGGCCGCGGACUGGUCGUCCUGCUGCCCAGGCUGUCGAGCUCUGGUCUCGAAGCCUUGCAGAUGAUGCUGGUUUACGAUCCCGAGAACAGAGCCGCUGCCGCAGCAUUGCUCUCUCACCGUUACUUUGCCGACUUGAGGAUGAGAGAGGCGGUAAAGCAAACGAGAAGCUCGGUAAUACCCGGCAGCGAACCGCAAUGGCGAAGUCCAUCGGUCCUGACGUAUCUGGAGCAGCGUAGAUUUCAAUUGGUGAACGCGGCGCGGAUAGUUGAAUCGACUCCGAAUGCCAGAAUGCCGGCGCGACUCGAUGAGCUGAGACAGACGCACGUUGGACGCUAUUUCCUCAAAAAGCGCCCGAACAAUCGUCUCAAUCCAGAACUGAGAAAGCAGUCGCAUGACGAGAAUGGACCUACCGCCACCCGACGAAGUUUCUUCUUGCGCGAGGAUCGCGCGGCCAACAAAAAUCAGCUGCCUUCGAUUUUCGUCAAGCCCGACGUGAAAAUUGUCACUUCGACGUAUAUACUCGAAGAUCCUGUACAAAGUAUUUUAUAUGCGAAGAGGGUCAUUGCUUUACUUCAAGUGGUUGCAGUUAAUUGA